AUGUUCUUUGACUCGAGACGGUCGCCGGUGCUGGCGAUGAACGGCAUGGUGGCCACCAGCCAGCCCCUGGCGGCGCAGGCCGGGUUGCAGAUUCUUAUUAAUGGGGGCAACGCCGUGGACGCAGCGGUGGCUGCCGCCGCCGUUCUGAACGUGGUUGAACCCGAGUCCACCGGCGUGGGCGGGGACAUGUUUGCGCUGGUCUGGAAGGACAACGAGAAGAAGGUACACGCCCUGAACGGAGGGGCCCCAUCCGUGUCCAUCCCCGGCACCGUCCACGGGUGGGAGACGAUACUGGAGGCCCACGGGACGAUGCCGCUGGCGGAGGUGCUGAAGCCGGCCAUCCGGUACGCCGAGGAGGGGUUUCCGGUCAGCGACUACAUCGCCUACCAAUGGUCGGGGCAGGGGCCGCGACUGUCGGCGCUGCCUUCGGGGCAGGAGAUGCUGCUGAACGGGCGUCCGCCGCGCCAGGGGGAGGUGAUGAAGCUGCCGACGCUGGGCAAGACAUUGAGCGCGGUGGCCGAGGGCGGUUCCAAGGCCUUUUACCACGGGGAGAUUGCGGAGAAGAUUGCCAGCUUUGUCCAGGAACAGGGCGGGUGGAUCACCACCGAGGACCUGGAGUCCACAACGUCGGACUGGGACGAGGCGAUCAGCACCGACUACCGGGGGAUUACGUGCUGGGAGUGCCCGCCCAACGGCCAGGGGAUAGCGGCCCUGGAGGCGAUGAACAUCGUCGAGGGGUUUGACAUCAGGGGCAUGGGCCCGCAGACGGUCAACACCUACCACCACCUGAUCGAGGCCAUGCGACUUUCCUUCGCCGACGCCUACCGGUACGUGGCCGACCCGCGCAUGGCCGACGUGCCCAUAACGGAGCUAACAGACAAGGCCUACGCCGCCAGACGCCGGGAGUCGAUCGAUCCGGAGCGGGCCAUGGCCCAUGCCGCUCACGGCGACAUUACGGGCUUUGGCAACAGCGCAGGUCCAGGAGGGGAUACGGUGUACGUCAGCGUGGUGGACGGCCAGGGCAACGCCUGUUCCUUUAUCAACAGCGUGUACAUCAACUUCGGCAGCGGGCUGGUGGUGCCGGGCACAGGGAUAGUACUGCAGAACCGGGCGGCCCUCUUCUCCCUGGAGCCCGACCACCCCAACGCGCUGGAGGGUGGCAAGCGACCAUACCACACCAUCAUUUCCGGCCAUGGCCACCAGGGACAAUGA